AUGAGUGGAGGAAUCGAGGAUGGAAUGAAUGUCUGCAUGGGAAUGGUGAAGAGCAUUGAUGGCUUGCUAGACACCAAGGUUAUCUUGCUAGGUGUUGGUUCCAAAGUAUCAAAAGCAAUUUUGAAUGCUGGAAAUGGGGAUUGUUUGGUGGAACCUAUUUCUGCUGUAAACUUAGAAGACAAAGGCAGCACCAUGGUGGUGUUAGAUACCAGGAUCUUGAGAUGGACACUGACCUCCCUUGUACAGUCGAUGGUCAGUAAACAGAGGAGCCAUGCCUCUUCUACAGGAGACACCACCGCACCAUCUAAAGAGAAAGCAACAGUGGUGUCAUUCAAGCAGUUUAUGUCAAUGUUGUCGUCUAUCUUUACUGAAGAUAGCAGUCUAGACAAGGCAGAAGAAUGGAUUGGAGAGAUUGAACACAUCUUUGAGCUCCUAAAGAUGCCAGAAGGAGACAAGGUAAACUAUGGCUCUUACCGGUUGAAAGGUGAUGCCAAGAAAUGGUGGCAAUCGACUCGUGAGAUCCUGUUUACAGACCAACAGUCGAUCCCAUGGAAGCAGUUCAGGGAUUCCUUCUUCAGCACUUACUUUCUAGUGCAUGCCAGAAACAAGAAGAUGCAAGAGUUUCUAGAAUUGCAACAAAACCAGUUGAGCUUGCAGGCCAACAGUCGAUCCCAUCGACACUUGGAGGCGUAUAGCCCGCACAUCUAUACCACUAAUGAGGCUAGAGCAGACAAGUUCGUACAUGGAUUGUGUGAUGGACUGAGAAGAGAAGUUAUAUCAAGCAGACCUUGUGAUUUGGACGAGGCGGUUACGAUGGAUAGAUGCAUGAAAGAGGACUGGGCAAGGACACAAAAGGACCAUCACAAGAAGGCACGCCAGCACUCAAACGGUGGGCGAACACAGGUCAAGCACCGCCACUUUACAGGCAGGGCAAAGCCUUAUGAGGGGUGCGAUGACCAAACAUUCAGGCGGAACAGGCCAAACCGCAAUGAUGCCACACAGGGUCAGUGGCUACUCUGA